AUGGUCCAUCUGAGCAAAGAGCUCAUCCAAGCAGAGGACACCAGGUCCUUUGUUCCGGCCGAUGUACCAAGUAGCUUCCGGAUGUUGCAGGUUGAUUCCAUGGACCAGCACAAGCUGCUCCCUUUCAUCAUAGACAGACAACUGUCAGUUAGCCAACGCCCGUUUGGUAACUCCCACUUCCCCGCUGCAUUCGACAUCCUUUUACACGAAGCCUCGUGUAAUGAGUCCCAACUAGGUCGGAUGAGCGCCGUACAGGCCGUCCAAGCCCUGUCCAGGGCAUCCUCUCCCCAACAGCCAUCGGACAACCCGAUGCCAACUCUCCAUCGUUCUCAACGCCAGGCUCAGCCCAACCUGGCAAGGGGGGAGCCCGAGCUCCGCCCCAGAGAGCAGCCCACCGCUCUUCAGUCAAGUGAACCAAGUUCACCCCUGCACCGUAGGUGUAACGACCACGGUUGCAUUGAGUCAAUCCCAUUUGACAGCUACCAGUUAGCAUCAUCCACCCUGAAAGCUAAACUAGCCAUCCUCAAGGCCCGGCUAGACAGCAGUCGUCUACCCCUCCCUCAGGAGGAAAGACAUAGUGGACCUAGGCACCACAGCUCAUCCGAUGAGCUGACUCCACCCAAGAAACUGAACUGGCAGCAAUGCUAUGUUCCCCCUUCAGGCAAGAAGCCCAAGGCUUCAAUUCCAACUGGUGUGAUCAAACCUUCCCAGGGGGGUGGGCCUAGCCCACGCUCCCUCACAUGGGGAAGGGGGACAUGUGCACCUCUACUCCACACAUCCACUGGGUCAAACCCUUUGAUUAGAGACCGCGUCUCUGCGGACUGCCCACAGUCCCUGAUCGAGAGCGUAAUAGACCUUUGUCAUCUCCUCAGCUUGUCAGACUGCUGUGUAACAGGAGAAGGAUAUGCUGCUCUGGCCUCAGCUCUUAAAUCAAACCCUUCACACCUGGAGGAGCUGGACCUGAGAGGAAAUGACCCUGGACACUCUGAAGUGAAAUUACUCACUGAUUUACUACAGGAUCCUACUUGUAAACUACAGAGAUUGAGGCAAGACGUUUUUUUCAAUGAUGCAGCAGAUGAAGCCCUUGUGUAUCUGACUUCAGUUCUGGGUGGAAACCCCUUACUGCUGACAGAGCUGAACCUGAGUAAGAAGAUACCAGGAGAUUCAGGAGUGAAGCAGUUCUGUGCUCUACUGGAAGAUUCACACUGCAGACUUAAGACAAUCAACUUGUCAGACUGUGGUGUAACAGGAGAAGGAUAUGCUGCUCUGGCUGCAGCUCUCAAAUCAAACCCUUCACACCUGGAGGAGCUGGACCUGAGAGGAAACGACCCUGGAGACUCUGAAGUGAAAUUACUGACUGAUUUACUAGAGGAUCCUGCCUAUAAACUACAGAAAUUGAGGCUGUUGAGGAGUGAUGCAGCAGAUGAAGCCCUUGUGUAUCUGACUUCAGUUCUGGGUGGAAAUCCCUUAACCCUGACAGAACUGGACCUGAGAGGGAAGAUAGAAGGAGACUCAGGAAUGAAGCAGUUCUGUGCUCUACUGGAAGAUCCACACUGCAAAUUUAACAAACUCAACUUGUCAGACUGUGGUGUAACAGGAGAAGGAUAUGCUUCUCUGGCAUCAGCUCUCAAAUCAAUCCCCUCACACCUGGAGGAGCUGGACCUGAGAGGAAACAACCCUGGACACUCUGAAGUGAAGUUACUGACUGUUUUGGUAGAGGAUCCUACGUAUGAACUCCAGAAAUUGAGGAUGUUGAGAAGUGAUGCAGCAGAUGAAGCCCUUGUGUAUCUGACUUCAGUUGUGGGUGGAAACCCCUUACUGCUGACAGAGCUGGACCUGAGAGGGAAGAUACCAGGAGACUCAGGAGUGAAGCAGUUCUGUCCUCUCCUGAAAGAUUCACACUGCAGAUUUAGGACAAUCAAAUUGUCAGACUGUGGUGUAACAGGAGAGGGAUAUGAUGCUCUGGCCUCAGCUCUCAAAUCAAACCUUUCACACCUGGAGGAGCUGGACCUGAGAGGAAAUGACCCUGGACACUCUGAAGUUAAAUUACUCACCGAUUUAUCUGAGGAUUCUGCCUAUAAACUACAGAGAUUGAGGCUGUUGACUAGCGAUGCAGCAGAUACAAGCCUUCUGUAUCUGACUUCAGUUCUGGGAGGAAACCCCUUAACCCUGACAGAACUGAACCUCAGUGAGAAGAUACCAGGAGACUCAGGAGUGAAGCAGAUCUGUCCUCUACUGGAAGAUUCACAAUGCAAAUUUAAGAAAGUGAACUUGUCAGACUGUGGUGUAACAGGAGAAGGAUAUGCUGCUCUGGCAUCAGCUCUCAAAUCAAACCCUUCACACCUGGAGGAGCUGGACCUGAGAGGAAACGACCCUGGACACUCUGGACUGAAAUUACUCACUGAUUUACUACAGGAUCCUACCUGUGAACUACAGAGACUAAGGCUGUUGAGUAGUGAUGCAGCAGAUGAAGCUCUUGUGUAUCUGACUUCAGUUCUGGGUGGAAUCCCCUUAACCCUGACAGAGCUGGACCUGAGAGGGAAGAUACCAGGAGACUCAGGAGUGAAGCAGUUCUGUCCUCUCCUGAAAGAUUCACACUGCAGAUUUAGGACAAUCAACUUGUCAGACUGUGGUGUAACAGGAGAAGGAUAUGCUGCUCUGGCUGCAGCUCUCAAAUCAAACCCCUCACACCUGGAGGACCUAGACCUGAGAGGAAACGACCCUGGACACUCUGAAGUUAAAUUACUCACCGAUUUAUCUGAGGAUUCUGCCUAUAAACUACAGAGAUUGAGGCUGUUGACUAGUGAUGCAGCAGAUGCAGCCCUUGUGUAUCUGACUUCAGUUCUGGGUGGAAACCCCUUAACCCUGACAGAACUGGACCUGAGAGGGAAGAUAUCAGGAGACUCAGGAGUGAAGCAGCUCUGUCCUCUACUGGGAGACUCACUAUGCAAAUUUAAGAAAAUUAACUUGUCAGGCUGUGGUGUAACAGGAGAAGGAUAUGCUGCUCUGGCCUCAGCUCUCAAAUCAAACCCUUCACACCUGGAGGAGCUGGACCUUAGAGGAAACGACCCUGGACACUCUGAAGUGAAAUUACUGAUUGAUUUGCUAGAGGAUCCUGCGUAUGAACUCAAGAGAUUGAUGCUGUUGAGCAGUGAUACAGAAGAUAAAGCUCUUGUGUAUCUGACGUCAGUUCUGGGUGGAAACCCCUUACUGCUGACAGAGCUGGACCUGAGGGGGAAGAUAACAGGAGACUCAGGAGUGAAGCAGUUCUGUGUUCUACUGGAGGAUUCACACUGGAGACUCAAGACAAUCAAUUUAUCAGACUGUGGUGUAACAGGAGAAGGAUAUGCUGCUCUGGCAUCAGCUCUCAAAUCAAACCCUUCACACCUGGAGGAGCUGGACCUGAGAGGAAACAACCCUGGACACUCUGAAGUGAAAUUACUCACUGAUUUACUACAGGAUCCUGCCUGUAAACUAAAGAGAUUGAGCUUGUCAGACUGUGGUGUAACAGGAGAAGGAUAUGCUGCUCUGGCAUCAGCUCUCAAAUCAAACCCUUCACACCUGGAGGAGCUGGACCUGAGAGGAAACGACCCUGGACACUCUGAAGUGAAAUUACUAACUGAUUUAGUAGAGGAUCCUACCUAUAAACUACAGAUAUUGAGGCUGUUGACUAGUGAAGCAGCAGAUGCAGCCCUUGUGUAUCUGACUUCAGUUCUGGGCGGAAACCCCUUAACCAUGACAGAACUGGACCUAAGUGGGAAGAUACCAGGAGACUCAGGAGUGAAGCAGCUCUGUCCUCUACUGGGAGACUCACUAUGCAAAUUAAAAAGAGUGAACUUGUCAGACUGUGGUGUAACAGGAGAAGGAUAUGCUGCUCUGGCCGCAGCUCUCAAAUCAAACCCCUCACACCUGGAGGAGCUGGACCUGAGAGGAAACGACCCUGGACACUCUGAAGUGAAAUUACUCACUGAUUUACUAGAGGAUCCUGCCUAUAAACUACAGAGAUUGAGGCUGUUGAGUAGUGAUGCAGCGGAUGAAGCCCUACUGUAUCUGACUUCAGUUCUGGGUGGAAACCCCUUAACCCUGACAGAGCUGGAUCUGAGAGGGAAGAUAUCUGGAGACUCAGGAGUGAAGCAGNUCUGUGCUCUACUGGAAGAUUCACACUGCAGACUUAAGAAAGUCAACUUGUCAGACUGUGGUGUAACAGGAGAAGGAUAUGCUGCUCUGGCAUCAGCUCUCAAAUCAAACCCUUCACACCUGGAGGAGCUGGACCUGAGAGGAAACGACCCUGGACACUCUGAAGUGAAAUUACUCACUGAUUUACUAAAGGAUCCUGCCUAUAAACUACAUAAAUUGAGGCUGUUGACUAGUGAAGCAGCAGAUGCAGCCCUUGUGUAUCUGACUUCAGUUCUGGGCGGAAACCCCUUAACCAUGACAGAACUGGACCUAAGUGGGAAGAUACCAGGAGACUCAGGAGUGAAGCAGAUCUGUCCUCUACUGGAAGAUUCACAAUGCAAAUUUAAGAAAGUGAACUUGUCAGACUGUGGUGUAACAGGAGAAGGAUAUGCUGCUCUGGCAUCAGCUCUCAAAUCAAACCCUUCACACCUGGAGGAGCUGGACCUGAGAGGAAACGACCCUGGACACCCUGAAGUGAAAUUACUCACUGAUAUACGAGAGGAUUCUGCGUAUAAACUACAGAGAUUGAGGCUGUUGAGUAAGCUGGACCUAAGAGGGAAGAUAACAGGAGACUCAGGAGUGAAGCAGUUCUGUACUCUACUGGAGGAUUCACACUGCAGAUUUAAGAAAGUCAACUUGUCAGACUGCGGUGUAACAGGAGAAGGAUAUGCUGCUCUGGCCACAGCUCUCAAAUCAAACCCCUCACACCUGGAGGAGCUGGACCUGAGAGGAAACAACCCUGAACACCCUGAAGUGAAGUUACUCACUGUUUUGCUAAAGGACCCUGCCUAUAAACUACAGGGAUUGAGGCUGUUGAGUAGUGAUGCAGCAGAUGAAGCCCUUGUGUAUCUGACUUCAGUUCUGGGUGGAAACCCCUUACUCCUGACAGAGCUGGACCUGAGAGGGAAGAUACCAGGAGACUCAGGAGUGAAGCAGUUCUGUCCUCUACUGGAGGAUUCACACUGCAAAUUUAAGAAAGUCAACUUGUCAGACUGUGGUGUAACAGGAGAAGGAUAUGCUGCUCUGGCUGCAGCUCUCAAAUCAAACCCUUCACACCUGGAGGAGCUGGACCUGAGAGGAAACAACCCUGGACGCUCUGAAGUGAAAUUACUCACUGAUUUACUACAGGAUCCUGCCUGUCAAUUCCAGAAAUUGAGGCUGUUGACUAGCGAAGCAGCAGAUGCAGCCCUUGUGUAUCUGACUUCAGUUCUGGGCGGAAACCCCUUAACCCUGACAGAACUGGACCUAAGUGGGAAGAUAUCAGGAGACUCAGGAGUGAAGCAGCUCUGUCCUCUACUGGGAGACUCACUAUGCAAAUUAAAAAGAGUGAACUUGUCAGACUGUGGUGUAACAGGAGAAGGAUAUGCUUCUCUGGCAUCAGCUCUCAAAUCAAUCCCCUCACACCUGGAGGAGCUGGACCUGAGAGGAAACGACCCUGGACACUCUGAAGUGAAAUUACUCACUGAUUUACUAGAGGAUCCUGCCUAUAAACUACAGAGACUGAGGCUGUUGACUAGUGAAGCAGCAGAUGCAGCCCUUGUGUAUCUGACUUCAGUUCUGGGUGGAAACCCCUUAACCCUGACAGAACUGGACCUAAGUGGGAAGAUACCAGGAGACUCAGGAGUGAAGCAGCUCUGUCCUCUACUGGAAGAUUCACACUGCAGACUUAAGAAAGUCAAGCUGUUGAGUAGUGAUGCAGCAGAUGAAGCCCUUGUGUAUCUGACUUCAGUUCUGGGUGGAAACCCCUUAACCCAGACAGUACUGGGCCUGAGAGGGAAGAUACCAAGAGACUCAGGAUUGAAGCAAUUCUGUCCUCUACUGGAAGAUUCUCACUGCAGACUUACGAAAGUCAACUUGUCAGACUGUGGUGUAACAGGAGAAGGAUAUGCUGCUCUGGCAUCAGCUCUCAAAUCAAACCCUUCACACCUGGAGGAGCUGGACCUGAGAGGAAACAAACCAGGAGACUCAGGAGUGAAGCAGCUCUGUCCUCUACUGGGAGACUCACUAUGCAAAUUAAAAAGAGUGAACUUGUCAGACUGUGGUGUAACAGGAGAAGGAUAUGCUGCUCUGGCUGCAGCUCUCAAAUCAAACCCUUCACACCUGGAGGAGCUGGACCUGAGAGGAAACGACCCUGGACACUCUGAAGUUAAAUUACUCACUGAUUUACUACAGGAUCCUGCCUAUAAACUACAGAGAUUGAGCUUGUCAGAUUGUGGUGUAACAGGAGAAGGAUAUGCUGCCCUGGCCACAGCUCUCAAAUCAAACCCUUCACACCUGGAGGAGCUGGACCUGAGAGGAAACGACCCUGGACACUCUGAAGUGAAAUUACUCACUGUUUUGCUAAAGGACCCUGCCUAUAAACUACAGGGAUUGAGGCUGUUGAGUAGUGAAGCAGCAGAUGAAGCCCUUCUGUAUCUGACUUCAGUUCUGGGUGGAAACCCCUUAACCCUGACAGAGCUGGACCCGAGAGGGAAGAUAACAGGAGACUCAGAAGUGAACCAUAUCUGUGCUUUACUGCAGGAUUCACACUGCAGACUUAAGAAAGUCAACUUGUCAGACUGUGGUGUAACAGGAGAAGGAUAUGCUGCUCUGGCAUCAGCUCUCAAAUCAAACCCUUCACACCUGGAGGAGCUGGACCUGAGAGGAAACGACCCUGUACACUCUGAAGUUAAAUUACUCACUGAUUUACUACAGGAUCCUGUCUAUAAACUACAGAGAUUAAGGCUGUUGACUAGUGAAGCAGCAGAUGCAGCCCUUGUGUAUCUGACUGCAGUUCUGGGCGGUAACCCCUUAACCCUGACAGAGCUGGACCUAAGUGGGAAGAUACCAGGAGACUCAGGAGUGAAGCAGCUCUGUCCUCUACUGGGAGACUCACUAUGCAAAUUAAAAAGAGUGAAGCUGUUGAGUAGUGAUGCAGCAGAUGCAGCCCUUGUGUACCUGACUUCAGUUCUGGGUGGAAACCCCUUAACCCUGACAGAACUGGACCUGAGUAGGAAGAUACCAAGAGACUCAGGAGUGAAGCAGUUCUGUCCUCUACUGGAAGAUUCUCACUGCAGAUUUAAGGAAGUCAACUUGUCAGACUGUUGUGUAACAGGAGAAGGAUAUGCUGCUCUGGCCACAGCUCUCAAAUCAAUCCCCUCACUCCUGGAGGAACUGGACUUGAGAGGAAACAACCCUGAACACUCUGAAGUGAAAUUCCUCACUGAUUUACUGGAGGAUCCUGCCUAUAAACUACAGGGAUUGAGGCUGUUGGCUAGUGAUGCAGCAGAUGAAGCCCUUGUGUAUCUGACUUCAGAUCUGGGUGGAAACCCCUUACUGCUGACAGAGCUGGACCUGAGAGGGAAGAUACCAGGAAACUCAGGAGUGAAGCAGAUCUGUGCUCUACUGCAGGAUUCACACUGCAAAUUUAAGAAAGUCAACUUGUCAGACUGUGGUGUAACAGGAGAAGGAUAUGCUGCCCUAGCCGCAGCUCUCAAAUCAAACCCUUCACAUCUGGAGGAGCUGGACCUGAGAGGAAACGACCCUGGACACUCUGAAGUGAAAUUACUGACUGAUUUACUAGAGGAUCCUGCCUAUAAACUACAGAAAUUGAGCUUGUCAGACUGCUGUGUAACAGGAGAAGGAUAUGCUGCUCUGGCAUCAGCUCUCAAAUCAAACCCCUCACACCUGGAGGAGCUGGACCUGAGAGGAAACGACCCUGGACACUCUGAAGUGAAAUUACUCACUGAGUUACUAGAGGAUCCUGCCUGUAAACUAAAGAGAUUGAGGCUGUUGAGUAGUGAUGCAGCAGAUGCAGCCCUUGUGUACCUGACUUCAGUUCUGGGUGGAAACCCCUUAACCCUGACAGAACUGGACCUGAGUAGGAAGAUACCAAGAGACUCAGGAGUGAAGCAUCUCUGUCCUCUACUGGAGGAUUCACACUGCAAAUUUAAGAAAGUCAAUUGGGACGAACAUCUGGCUCGCAUUCGAGCGCUUUUCCAGAGGUUGGUGGCAGCAAACCUCACAGUAAAUUUAGCGAAAUGCGAGUUUGCGCGUGCCACCGUCGUCUAUUUGGGUAAAGUAGUCGGCCAGGGGAUGGUGCGGCCCGUUAAUGCAAAGGUGGCAGCUAUUGAUGAUUUCCCUGCGCCGGCGACGAAGAAAGAGCUUAUGCGCUUUUUGGGCAUGAUCGGGUACUACCGCAAUUUUUGCUGCAAUUUUUCAACUGUUGUAUCACCUCUGACCAAUUUGUUGAAGGGUGGCGCCAAAUUCAUUUGGUCGGAGGAGUGUCAGCAGGCUUUCCAGAAUGCAAAGCUUUUGUUAACGUCAGCUCCGGUCCUGGCUGCACCCAAACUGGAUCAGCCUUUCCAGCUGCAGGUGGAUGCAAGCCAGGUGGGAGCAGGUGCGGUCCUCCUGCAGGCUGAUGAAGAUGGGGUGGCUGUCCUUGGUACCGGGAUUUGCUGGUUUGCAGAGAGGGGUUCGGGGGAAGGGUGGUGGGGAUGGUUCUGGAUCAGCCUGUCAGAAUGUCGUGUAACAGGAGAAGGAUAUGCUGAUCUGGCCUCAGCUCUCAAGUCAAACCCUUCACACCUGGAAGAGCUGGACCUGAGAGGAAAUGACCCUGGACAUUCUGGAGUGAAAUUACUCACUGAGUUACUAGAGGAUCCUGCGUAUGAACUCCAGAGAUUGAGGCUGUUGGCUAGUGAUGCAGCAGAUGAAGCCCUUGUGUAUCUGACUUCAGUUCUGGGUGGAAACCCCUUACACCUGACAGAAUUGGACCUGAGAGGGAAGAUAGCAGGAGACUCAGGAUUGACGCAGUUCUGUGCUCUACUGGAAGAUUGUCACUGCAGACUUAAGACAAUCAACUUGUCAGGCUGUGGUGUAACAGGAGAAGGAUAUGCUGCUCUGGCUUCAGCUCUCAAAUCAAACCCUUCACACCUGGAGGAGCUGGACCUGAGAGGAAACGACCCUGGACACUCUGAAGUGAAAUUACUCACUGAUUUACUAGAGGAUCCUGCCUAUAAACUACAGAGAUUGAGGCUGUUGAGUAGUGAUGCACCAGAUGCAGCCCUUGUGUAUCUGACUUCAGUUCUGGGUGGAAACCCCUUAACCCUGACAGAGCUGGACCUGAGAGGGAAGAUACCAGGAGACUCAGGAGUGAAACAGUUCUGUCCUCUACUGGAGGAUUCACUAUGCAAAUUAAAAAGAGUGAACUUGUCAGGCUGUGGUGUAACAGGAGAAGGAUAUGCUGCUCUGGCUGCAGCUCUCAAAUCAAACCCUUCACACCUGGAGGAGCUGGACCUGAGAGGAAACGACCCUGGACACCCUGAAGUGAAAUUACUGACUGAUUUACUACAGGAUCCUGCCUAUAAACUACAGAGAUUGAG